ACACGCAGCGCUGAAGUAAGCGUCUUUGGCACCCCGGUACACAUUUCGCACAAAAAAAAUCGGCCUCUCGCUUGCAUCGAGGUGCAUAAAUCGGCAUCUUCGAGUACAUUCGUGAAUUAUUUCGCUAGAGUUUUUUCACUCAGCAAACUCUUGCAGCUCUUGCAGUUUAUCCACAACUAAAACUCAGUGGUUUUGUGAAUACAUUAUUAUCACAACAAAACCGCACACCGCCAUAAAACGAGUGCUUAGUCUAUUACUGUUGUAAAAUGACUAAAAAUCCGACGAAAGCUGAGCUUAACGCUGAAAUUCAAAAAAUUCUAAAGGAUGCAAACCUGGAGGAAACAGCAGCCAAGAAGGUGCGUCUACAGCUGGAAAAGAAUUUGAAGUGCGAUCUUUCCAAUCGUAAAAAGGAGGUGGAUGAGCUCGUGAUGGACUACGUAAAUUCACAAGCUUCCUCCGAGGGAGAGGAAGAUGACGAUGAGGAGGACGAUGAUCACGCAGGUAACGGCAAGGGUAACAAAAAGGACAAAAAAGCCAAAGGUAACAGUGACUACGAAGAUGACGAAGAGGAUGAGGAGGAGGAAGAUGACGACGAUGAUGAAGAUUUCUCCGAGGAAGAGAAACCGAAGGGACGUAAGAGUGCCGGAAAGCGCGGCACACCGGCCAAACGAGGCCCGGCCAAGAAGAAGAAGAGACGCGCCUCCAACAGUGAGGACGAUUCCGGCGAUGAUGAUAAGGGUAGCGAUGACGACUACAACCCAAAAGGCAGUGCGAAGGGCAAGGCGGCAAGUAAGAAAAAGAACAAUUCCGACUCGGAUUCUGACGGAGACUGGAAGCAAUCCAAACCGGCAGCUAAGGCUAAGAAGGCAGCUGGUGGUGGUGGUGGUGGUGCCAAGAGAUCAAAUGGCUACACACGACCGUACACACUAUCUCCUGAACUGGCGGAAGUGUGCGGUGCGGAGUCAUUGCCACGACAUGAGGUGGUGAAGAAAAUGUGGGCCAUCAUUAAGGAACGUAAUCUGUACGAUCCGAAAAACAGACAGUUUGCCAUCUGCGAUGAACAACUGCGAAAAGUGAUUGGUGUAAAACGAUUCCGCACCUUUGGUAUGCUUAAAUAUUUAAAGCCCCAUUUUAAAGACUAAGACCAUAACGGAUAGCCUUCUGCCUCCCCGCUAGGGAACGCUAGUCGGGCAUCGAACACUUUUUUAACUAUUUUAACCAAGUACGAGUCAUACUUAAUUGCUCCUAAACUGCGACAACUCUGGGCUCAAUGAUCUACUGCAAUAGUGCAUUUGGGCAGUAAGGCUCGGGGUUACGAAGCUGUAGUGUUUUUUACACAUUUCGUGUACACUACUAGCGGGUGCGUUCUCAUCGUCACAUACUGGCCGGCAGUCCAAAACCUACGACAGCGGAUAUACGGUUAUAUGAUUUAAGCAAAACAACAACAAAAAAGUUCUCUAUUUUACACUGUCUUCAUACAAAAUCAACUACUAAUUAAGCCUAUAUUGCACAGAUUUUUAAAAUAGUAUUACAGAACAUUCUUUUCGUGUAUAGUGAACUACACAUCCAACUUCUGAUAUAGCAGUAGAACAUGGAACAAUUAACAUUAUAUCGCGUGGCAAUCCGAAGGAAAUGUAGAAAAUAAUCAAUUUUCAGAAAAAAAAGGAUUCAAUGCAAAGCGCAUUGACAAAACCUGCUUUGCUUGCUUUUUUUAUUUCAACCAUCAUUGCGAAUUACCCUACAAAAGUGUAAUACAAAAUACACAUGCAAUAAAAUAAUUUUGUUUGCGUAUUAUCUCGAAGGAAAGUGCGCCAACCUGCAACUUACAACAAGUCAAUCAUUAGUUAGACCACGAAAGGAUUUUCCAUAUGUAAAACCAUUCAAUUAAGCAAAAAUGAACCGAAUGUGACAAAGAAAAAUUACGUGUAACAAUAUGCAGAAUGAGGGGCCAUGGUACAGUCGUCAACUCGCACAUUCUAACAACAUACCCGUUGUUUGCUCAAGUCUAGAAUGGCCUGUUCCCCCGAAGAACUGCCUCUGACUAUCCGAGCGCCGUGUGGUUCCGAAUAUGUAGAAGAAGGAAGAAUUUGCAAAAUGUAUGAAUCGCUAAUAUAAUAAUAGUCCAAGAUCUAUGCAAAACACGAUAUCAUGACUCUUACUUUUAAAUCUUUCACAUAACUAUAGUUUGCAUUCGAUUGCUCUUUCUAAGAAUUGUACGUGUACGAAAUGGAAUUCGGUGUUGCGUAAAUGUAAA